AUUCUUUCUUUGGGCAUCCAAUUUUGGCGCUGACACAGUGUCAUUCCUGCUGACCAAACAGUGUACUUCCCGCUUACAGUGAUUACAGUUGGCCCUCCUCCAGUCAAGCUGACCUUAUCAAUGCUCGUCUAUUGUACAUAGCUGACCGGCAGCCCCUCAAUAUAGUUCAAUCAUAGCCUAUGCUAUUGUGUUCCACAUGUUCCCCAAGUCAAAACACGAUGAUUGUUGGGUUUAGAACUGCCAGCCAGUAGUCACCAUAACCUUUCAUCAGCCCUACCAAGCAUACUAGAUCCAAAAGCGGGCUCCAUCAUGGCCCCUGCCAGAGGGGAUGCAGCAUGGGAACGAACUACUGGCUCGUGCAGCCACGUGGCUAUUUUUGCUCAAUCUGGCCCUGCAAAUAUGGCUGACUUUGGCUCACAGAGCAUCUCAUUCAAGAAUGUUGAUGGCUGGCCCUCCUUCCUUCAAACUCGCACCCAGAGAAACACUCCAGAGACGCUCACUUCGCGGUCGUCGCAAGGAUCCUUCAUCGAGGCGAAUGACGAUUAUCUCGACUUUGAACAGGAACAGGAACAGGACCAAGAUGACCAAACAGGUAUCCAGUAUUCAAUCGAAUGGCGAAUCACCUACAAUAAGAAGAAACUCCCUAAGGAUACCGAAUCAGACGUUACGCAAGCACCUGAGACAUACUGGAAAGACAUUCUUAAGCACAAGCUAGAGAAGCAUGCGGCCAAAAAACUAGCGUCGAUUGCAGACUACCACGUAGAAGAUACUAACAUCAAUGUGUCUGUUCGCGAUCGCUCGAUCCGUGACCUCACCAAUGCUACGACGGUCUAGACAUCAACUGGGACGAGAUAGAUAAGCCGCUCCGUUCUUGGGCUCCACUGGAUAAGCCUCUAAGAUUAGACAUCACGUUUAACUACGUGGACACUAACCAGUCCGAUGACGAGAUAGCACUCGGCCGCCAACGUGGCCGGUCUUCUGCCACCAAAGCUAUGCUCUCCAGACGGGCUAGACAAAUUGAUGCUGAAGAGGCUUCCGGUCA